AUGUCAACAUUCAUUGGAGGGUUUAUAAUUGCUUUCUGUAAAGGAUGGCUUCUAUCCUUAGUAUCGUGUGCUUGCAUUCCUGUACUUAUCAUAGCAGAAGGAUCCAUGUCAUUGCUUAUGAUGAAGAUGUGGAUUCGAGGACAAGUUGCUUAUGCAGAAGCUGGAUAUGUGGCUGAACAAAUUGUAGGAGCAAUCAGAAUGGUAGCAUACUUCAUCGGAGAGAAUAAAGCAACAGAAAAGUAUGAUAGCAAAUUGCAAAUAGCCUAUGCAUCCACUGUUCAGCAAGGAUAUAGUGGUGGAAAGGUUAUUGAUAUCAUGAUGGCCAUAACGACUGGGGAAAUGACUUUUGUUAAAGGACAGGCUUUGGCAAAUUUCAUGGCAGUAUUCAUCCCUAAUCAAGAAAUAGAAGAAGAAAUGAAACCUAAUGAGCCACCUACUUGA